CCUGCUAUGCCAGCGAGUCACGACGCGCUUUGCAGAGCGAACGACGAUGAGGCGGACGGCGGCGUUGCUGCUGCGCCACGGCGGCGGCGGCAUCCCUCAGGCGCUCGCCGACGUGCUCGUCUGCCCGCUGUCCAAGAAGCCUCUCAGGUACUGCGAAGCCAGCGGGUCUCUGGUCAGCGACGCCGUCGGCGUGUCCUUCCCGGUAGUCAAUGGAAUUCCUUGUCUUGUCCCAAAAGAUGGUAAGUUGCUGGACCACGACCAGGACAAAUUAGAAGAUUAUGGUGCAAAGGAUUCUUCCCCCAGCGAGUGAGAGGUGGUCCAAAUAUUUGCAUUUCUGUUUUAGUAAUAGGUGGUAAAAAUAAAAUUUUGAGAUAAACCACAGCCUGCUUGCUCUUUCUAGUUCCUUGUUGCUUCA